AGCGUGCCGGUUGGGUUGGUGUGUUUGUAGGAGGGGAGUGUGUAAGCUGCAGCAGUGUGCUUGCCGGCGAAAAAGCGUCAACCAUCUCUGUCUGAGUGGCGCUGCCCCUAUGAUUCCCAUUCGUUCUUCUUUUUGUGGCUCAUCUAUUUCCCCCCUUUCUUCCUCUGUUUCUGCAGAAGCCGCUGCCUUGCUGCCCCCCUUGUUCCGUCUUUGCAGACAAUAAAACUGGACCCACCCCCCCAGGUCUGAGCAGAGGCUUCCACUCCACUAUUGCCAGUUUUAUCAAUCAGUGAAGACAACUCUUCAGCUCAGGCAACCCGUCCCCUCCCCAGUUUCCCAGCAGGCAGGCAUGGCAGACGGCAGGCAGCCAGAGGAGCACUGGGCCUCAAACGGCCAGGAGAACAGCGAGAACGGCUACUCCGCCUACAGCUCUGCCUACAGGGAGAAUGGUUACCAUGGUGGGGCAGCUGCACACCCUGGAACGACAGUGGAUGACUCAGCCAAUUUGCCUCCCUCCCCUCCCCCCUCUCCAUCCGCUGAGCAGAGUGGGCCCGUGGCACAAGAAGAUAAAUUAGGGGUUGUCAGUCAAUCGCAGGAUGAGGAAGAGGCUCGAGAAGAGCCCAGCACUUACCAGGAGGAAGUGGCAUAUGAGCAGCCAGGAGAGAUGCUCUUAGAAAAGACAGAUUAUUUAAGAGAGCCCCAGGCUAUGGGCUUCCAGGAAGCCCAGACACCUGAGGUUCUGAAUGGGGGAAGUCAUCAAGGUGAACACAGCCCAUCAAAAAAAGCCCACCCAGAGGAAAGCAUCAGUAUGGCAACUUGUGAGUCUGCAAUGAAAGAAGAUGAACACCAUGUGACAUUGCUGCACGUGGCUGCUGGCAAGGCAGAACCUGAAAAAGAAGAACUUGCCAGGAAUGAACCUCCCCUUCCCGUUGUGACAGAGAAAAAUCCCCUUGAUACAUCUACAAGUCAACAAGCCAAUGAAGAAAAAAAAGAUGAGAUCGUCAUGCUUUUGGAGUCUAACAUAAAAGAGCAUGAAGAACUUUUACAGAAAAGGGACCCAUCAAAUGUAAAGGCAGAAGACGUUGCGGGAAUACCAAGUGAAUCAGGAGGUCCUUUAAAUGAAAGCAAGCAAAAAGUUGAGCUGGUUGAGGCAAUAAGUGAGGAAGAUGAAAACAGUGGCAUACAGAAAGUUGACCAAAGGCAAGAAACGGUAACAUUAAUACCAGAACCAGGAACGUCUGUAAAAGCCACAUCAGAUACACUUGAAGAGCCUGAUUCGGGAUCAAAAACCUACUUUGAGACAUCUUCUAAAAGCCAUGAAGAGGUGUCACCACAAAGUUAUUAUGAACUCAGCACAACAGAAGAGAAAACCCUGAGUGGAGAAAAUCCAAUUGCCCAUGAGCAAAGGCUGGAAGAACAGGAUAAAAAAGUCAGGACAUCACCUUGUAAAAAGACUUCAGAACAAAUAAGUCUCUCCGUCAGCACUGCUGUUGGGUCUUCAGCAGGACAAGUGGUGAUAGGAGACGAGUCAGGGACCUUCUCAAAAAGCUUGUGUCUGGCCAGUGAAAGCUUUGAAUCUGAGGUUUCUCCUUCAACUUCAUCUGUGGAGAGUCAGACAGCCUGUUGUCCACCAGCAGUUUCCAUUUCCCCAACAUCCACUGCAUCAUCUAAAGAAAUACCCACAAGCACAGAAGCACCUUCUGACAUGCAAACAUCUAGUUUGAAACAAUCAGGAAGCCUAUCUGAUAUGUUGGACCUGGCUGGAGUCCUGCCUCAGCCAUCACAAGAGAGGAGGGAACUUGACUACAUGAGACGAAAGUCAGUGCCUGCCAAUGUAUCAUCCCUGGUGGGGAGUUCUUUGGCCAGGCUUGCCUUGGCAGAUGAAACUUCUAGAGGGGAACAUCAGCUUGAGAAACUUGGAUACUGUGUUUUUAGUGAGUAUUCAGCACCCAUGCCUUCUCCUGCCGAUGUACCCAGUCCUGGAGACUCUCCAAACCAGCAUUUCCCUUCAGCAGAGGCUAAAGAGGAAGUUAACCUUGGUGUCAUCAUGGAAGGUGAACAAGCACAAAAACAAGAAGAAGAUCAUAAAGAAAUAACCCCUGAAAUAUCUCAAAAAACAACAUUGGAAAAGAAAGGUUCACCAGUGAAGACUUCCUUGAUUCUGGAAAAAGCUGUGACAAGUGGAAUAAAACCGGAUCGCUUAAGAAUUCCAAAGACAACUUCAAAAGAUCGACUGAAUGAAUUUCGUCUGGAGACUGGCCUGCCUGGGGACUUAAAGAUCCAAGCAAUCCCCGAGGUAGAUGUUGAAAAGGACCCUUCAAGGGAAGCUUCUCCCAUCCCUCCAGACACUUCAUUUACUUUCACUCCCACAGAGACUGAAAACAAAGCACCCCUGACUCCCACCACUAUGUCUCCAGCUGAUGUACCCUCAGAAACUGAAGUCAAUACAGAGGACCUAAAAAAAGAUUCAAAAUCUGAGAGGAUUGAUGCCAAACUAGAGUUAGAAAAAGAUAAGACACAGUCUGAGCACAAAGAUCCAGAAGAAGAAGGUAAUCAGCCUGAUAUGACCACACACUCGGCAUCGUCCCAUCCUUUACCGGAGAACAAGGAAAACAAAUAUGAUGAAAUAAUUAAAAGUGAGAAAACGGCCAAAUUAGAAGGAACAGAAAAGCAAGAGACUUCAAACGCUGCCGACCAUCUAAGCACCACAAAGCCUUUCAAUAAGAAAGAUACUCAAAUCCAGUUACAAGAACUGACUCUAGCAGAGAGCUCAACAAAGCCUCAAAAAUCCUCCCCAAUCAUUAUUAUACCUCAAGCACACAUAGAGGAAGAAGCAGAGGAAGAGGAUGAUGUUGAGAUUGAGAUUGCUGAAGAGCCUCAAGAGAUGAUGGAGGCAGCUGAGGAGUCUUUGUGCCCCAAGACAAAUCAACCAGAGAAGGGUGAAAUUAGAGAAGAGCCAAAGAACGAGCCGGUGAGGUUGAUGGUUGGUGAUGAGAUGCUGGAGGAUGAUCCAAAGUCUGGAGCCGAAGAAUGGAGUCAUAGUGCCAUAAACAGCGACGAUGGGGAGCCUGCAACAGACAGUUCUCACCUCUCUCCAUGUUCUGACCAUGACUUACCACAUCAGACAGAGGAGGGAGGUGAAGAUAAAGACUUGGAAGUGUUUAAAAAAGAAGAGGAAAGAAUGAUAGCAGAGGAUGAAGAAUCAAAGAAAGACCAAACAAUGGAGAAGGAAGUCAAGAAAGUUGGUUCUGGUAUAAUAGUUGAGGAACAAGAUAAGAAAAUGAUGGAGGAAGAUGAUGAGAGAUUGGAAAAAGAUGUUGAGAUUGGUCAGGAAGCAACCGAUGAAGCAGCUAAUGAUGAAACUACCAUGGCCGUGUCCAUACUUGACACAGACAGUGGCUGGAUGGACUCACAAGAUGAUGACAAAAGUAUUAUGACUGAGCAAAUUGAAGCUCUUCCUCAGACCCAGAGUUCUACCAGUACACCUGUGGUGGUGGACAGACCUACUAAACGGGGCCCUGGCAGAGGAAGGACCCGCCCCAGCCCCACUGAUUGUAAAGUGUCACGCAAAACACCCAUCCACCAUCCAACAAGAGAAGAGAUAAAGAAGAAAAAAGUCGGCCUGAGGAGGGUUGACCAGAAUAAGGUGUCAGCCCUCCAAAGUCGCUCUCCAUCUCGAAAGAGUGGAGCCAAAGUGGCAGCCAGACAUCCUAGGCCUGCUCUGCUUCAUGGCUCUGCUAGACGCAAGGCCACAGGUAUGGAACACCAUCAACCCCUAAGUGUGGCCCCGCAGUCCAGAGAGAGGCCCACUGAGAGAACGUACCGCAGCCCAGAGAAGAGGUCAUCUCUCCCCAGGCCGGCCAAGUCUCUGACUCGCCACAUCCCUGCUGCUGAACAAGAUGACAACAGCACCCCCACCAGGCCAACCUCAUUCCGAACUGAGUCCAGAGGGGCCAGCAGGUCUGGAAGAGCCCCUAGUAUGACAGGCACAGACUCAGCCCGUUCCCGGUCAGUCCGCAGCGGCGCCUCCACCCCAGGCUCAUCCGCCGUCACACCCGGCACACCCCCAAGCUACUCCUGCCGCACCCCUGGCUCCCGCACGCCUGGCAGCCAUACGCCCAAGUCCUUCAGCAUCCUCCAGGAAAAGAAGGUGGCAGUGAUCCGGACACCGCCCAAGUCACCAUCCUCCGCCCAGCGGCAGCUGAAGGUUGUCAAUCAACCUCUGCCUGACCUGAAGAAUGUAAAGUCCAAGAUCGGAUCCACUGCCAACCUAAAGCAUCAGCCAAAAGGAGGACAGGUCAUGAUUCCAAGUGUUAAGCUGGACUUUAGCCAUGUUCAAUCCAAGUGUGGUUCCCUGGACAAAGUCCACCACACAGCAGGCGGGGGACAUGUCCAAAUCCAAACCAAGAAGAUCGACUUAAGCCACAUCACCGCCAAAUGUGGCUCCAUGUCCAACAUUCGCCACAGACCAGGGGGAGGUAAUGUACGGAUUGAGAACGUGAAGCUGGAUUUUAAAGAUAAGGCCCACGCCAAGGUUGGCUCCCUGGACAAUGCCACCCAUAUGCCUGGAGGGGGAAAUGUAAUGAUUGAAAGUCACAAGCUGAGCUUCCGGGAAACGGCGAAAGCUCGUGUGGACCAUGGCGCAGAAAUCAUUGUCACCCACUCCCCCGGCAUCGAGACAGGAGGCACCUCCCCUCGUCUGUCCUCUGCCGGCAGCAUCAACAUGUUGGAGUCGCCUCAGCUCUCCACACUGGCGCAGGAUGUCACUGCUGCCCUGGCCAAGCAAGGCUUAUGAGCUUCGGACACCCUUGAAUACCACAGUUAUUUCUUUCCGUCACUGUCACUCACUCAUAUGCAUUCAGUGUUGUCCCAUGGCCCUUCACGGAGACAUGACCCCCCCUACUACACAUACACACACACGUUACCCUGCAGGUCCUACAGUUGUAGUUGGUUGACUGUCUUGUUCAUCCAGUCCUUCCAGUUGGAUUUUAAAAACUGAAUUGUGCAAAAACCUUAAAAAAAAAGGGAAUCCCUGACACAUUUUAUUUACCAUUCAUUUGCUCAAACACAAAAUUCUGGGUUUUGUUAUAGAAAGGCUUAAAUGGCUGUGAUUGUCUAAGAUUGUUUUACGAUUGUACGAUGAUUUUCUGUGUAUGUGUGUGACAAAGCAUCGCCACAUUCCACUUAAAUAGAGGUGGAAACUCAUGCAUAACGUCCUUUUAGAAUUUAUAUGGUACUGAAUGCAAGCUACUGCAUAAUCAACGCUUGUCUUAAAAGAUACCACUGUGCAAGAGACUUAACGUACGAAAACUCGGCGCGUAACUGAGCUGCAAAGAAUGGUUGAUGAAUGGGCAUGUCUGCUAAAAUGUUACAUGAAUUUCUCUUUGUUGAUACGUUGAAUUUUAAUGUUAUGAAUUGUGUUUUCUUGUUACGUUUUCUUUUAUAUAAAUGUCACUGUAGUGUUACGGUUUUGUACGUUCCCCGUAGCUGCUUUGGCUUGUUAGCAUUUAAAUGUGGAUGACCAUUGCAGCUAUGUCAAGUUAAGCGCUAAACAGCUAGCUUUCCAAUAGAUUUUUCUUUUUUCUUCUUUCCCGGAACAGAACGGGCUGCCUGUUUUUGUUUUCUUUUGUUUGGUUUUAUAUUAGCGUUGUAGUUUUAUGAGGCUACACAAUGCUGUUAUGCUGGCAUGGCAAAAAAAAAAAAAAAAAAAAAGCAAAUGAAUUAGAUUUAUUUGCAGCUAUCUUAAACUUUUUGGUGUGAGUGUAAUCAGCCAGGGUGCAUUAUAGUAUUGACUAUUUAAGGUCCGAUUCUUAAACACCCUGUGACUUUCAAUGUAUUCAAAGGGGUAAAGGGCCCAAAGUUUGUUAGGAAAAUGUAUAAAGUUUGAAGCUUUAUAUAAAAACAUUCCAGUUGAAAGAGCAGCCACAUUGCUCAGUGAUGUGAUUGAUCUAUUGUGGUUGUUUUGACCAUUACAGGAAGCAUAGGUGAAGAAUGGGAGUCAUCCACAACUUGCAGCAGAUGGUAGAUUUUUUUCUCUAAAAAAAAAAGUAAUAAAAACAAAACUCUUCUAGCAUAUUCUCUGCUCACCUUUGUGAAACCCCUCUUCCUUGCAUCCCUUUCUCCUCCCAAUGUCAGCUACCCCGCCAGUGUUUUUCUGUGCUUCCUCUAUUCCAACUUCCUCUCUCUACCCCGUCUCCUUGCCUGUGUACAGUCAGUGUAUUUCAAAGAACAUGUAGAUGUUUGUGCACAUUUUCCGAUCAAUGUUUUAGACGUAUUGACAAACACUCCUUCAGGAUGAUGACAAUAUAAAUAAAGAAAAUAAAAACUG